UGGUAGUAUUAAAUAUAUGCAUUGAAUAUACAAUUUUUUAAAUUUUUUAAUUUCUUAUUGAAAAUGACAAAUAGUGAAACCGAUAAUUUAUUAAGGAAAGCUGAUUUACAAUGCAUGUUGGAAUUUGAAACACAAAUAUUUCUAGAUAUAGUUCACACUGAUGGUUUGGUAAUUGCUGCUAAAGGUUUGCAUUUGAAUCUAGUCAUUUUUAACAUACUUAAAGUGUACUGUGAUGUUGGAAAUUUGGUCAUAGUCUUAAACGCAACAGAACAAGAGGAAAAAUAUUAUCGUAAUAAAUUAAGUGACCCAAAUAUUUAUGGCACAACAUGUUCUACAAGCACUACAGAAAGAGAAGAUAUAUAUUUAUCAGGAGGGAUACAUUUUGUAACGACCAGGAUUUUAGUAGUGGAUAUGUUAAAAAAACGUGUACCAAUUGAUAAGAUUACAGGAUUUAUAAUUUUAAGAGCACAUACAAUUUUUGAAAGCUGCCAAGAAGCAUUUGUUUUAAGAUUAUACAGGCAAAACAAUAAGACUGGAUUUAUUAAAGCUUUUUCUAACAGUGCUCAAAGUUUUAUCAUUGGCUUUGGCCAUGUUGAAAGAGUUAUGCGAACAUUAUUUAUUAAAGAAUUAUAUAUCUGGCCAAGAUUUCAUUCCUUAGUAAUAGAGAAUUUUAAGAGACAUGCACCACAAGUUGUGGAGUUGCACGUACCUAUUUCAGAAAAAAUGAAAAAAAUACAAACACAUAUACUGGAUCUAAUGAAUUUAACUGUGAAAGAAUUAAAGCGCAUAAAUAAUGGACUUGAGUUGCAGGAGAUAUCAGUUGAAAACUGUUUAACUAAAAAAUUUCAUAAAAUAUUACAAGCUCAGUUAGAUGUAGUAUGGCAUCAACUAAGUGCAAAAAGUUGUCAAUUGUUAGCCGAUUUAAAAACUCUUAGGCAUCUAAUUCUGACAAUGCUUUUCUCGGAUUCAGUAACAUUUUAUAAUAUAGUGUCUGGUUAUCGUACAAUGGAGUAUGCUCAGAGUUCCUCUUGGGUGUUACUCGAACCAGCAGAGCUAUUGUUUUCACAAAGUUACUCCCUUGUUUACAAUAAUGACAAAGAAUUUGAUCCUGAGUUUUGCCUUAAGUGGGAACCGUUAUUAGAAUUAUUAAAAGUUGAAAUCCCAAAUGAAAUGAAAAAAUACAAAGCUAAUGAUGCUACCAUAUUGAUAUUAUGCUCCGAUAAUAGAACUUGUUACCAGUUAAACAAAAUCCUAACAUUCGGUCCACAUGACUACUUAUUACACGAAGCAAUCAAAAGAAAUUUGAUUAUAAAAAACAUGAGCCAAAAUUUUAUAAGAAAGACUAACUUAACACAUAUUGUAGAAGAGAAAACAAUUGAUAAUGCAAAAAAUAAAAAAAUUAAAGCAGAAAAUUCAAAUAUUGAAGAAUUGAAAUCGAAUGACGGGGACAAAGAGGAUUUUCAAAAUAGUUAUGUGUUAACAAUGAGUCAAUCAGUAUGUGACUUAAAUAAAACAGAUGACUCUGAACAUAUGUUUGAACCAUUUACACAGAUGGAAAAUAUGAACCUGACACAAAUCUGUGAAUCUUUAUCCGAUCCAAAAAUUCUUAUUCAAACUUUCGGAUCUUUUAGUGAUUGCGUAAAUCUACAAAAUACUUUAGAAAAUUUGAAACCAACAUUUAUUAUUAUGUAUCACUGCAGCAUGACAUGUGUGAGAGAGAUUGAGAUGUAUGUGGCUCAUAUGCAAAAGGAUAAACAAUUGAAGGUCUAUUUUUUGGUUCAUGCAGAUACGGUUGAGGAACAAAGUUAUUUAACAACAUUAAGAAGAGAAAAGGAGGCCUUCGAAUUUUUAAUUCAAACUAAAUCGAAUAUGGUUGUGCCACAAAAUCAAGAUGAAAAAACGGAAUUGUCACUACAAAAUGAAGCCUCAGAUUUAGCUAAAAACACCAGAGAAGGCGGAAAACCGCAACCGGCUAAAAAACAAAUUAUUAUUGUUGACAUGAGAGAGUUUAGAAGUGAAUUACCACCACUAAUACACAAAAGAGGUAUCGAUAUUGAACCACUGACGAUAACUGUAGGUGAUUAUAUUUUAACUCCAGAGAUAUGUGUGGAAAGGAAAAGCCUAUCAGAUCUGAUAGGAUCAUUGAAUUCAGGGAGAUUGUAUCAACAGUGUACCCAAAUGUCAAGAUAUUACUCAAAACCUAUGUUGCUUAUUGAAUUCGAUCAAAAUAAACAGUUUGGCUGGCAGAACAAUUAUAUGUUGUCAAAUGAUGCAAAUGACUUUAAUAUUCAACAGAAGCUUUUGUUAUUAACUCUUCAUUUUCCUAAAUUAAAAAUUAUUUGGAGUCCAAGUCCAUAUGCUUCUGCCCAAUUAUUUGAAGAGCUCAAGCUUGGUAAAGAUGAACCGAAUAUUGAGUAUGCAGCUGCAACUGGAGGGGAACAGGAUUUUGAUGUUAUCGAAAGCAAAUUUAAUUCAAAUAUUUAUGAUUUUGUUCAAAAGCUACCUGGAAUAACAUCAAAAAACAUGAACAUGUUUCUGAGGAAAUGUGAAAAAAUGGAUAAUGUCAUUAAAAAGUCUGAGGAGGAAUUGAAAGAAAUACUAGGUAAUGCUUCAGACGCCAAAACUUUAUAUUCCAUUUUACAUGAAAGCCAUAAACCUAACGAGGAAAUAGAACCAACUAAACCAAAGGGGAAAACGAAAUCCAAAUUUAAAUAUUAUAAAAAUAAAAAGUAACUAAAUUUUAAUUAAUAAACGUAUCAUUUAAAACAUUUUUGUAUCAAAUUUAUUUGUCCAAGUUUAGCCCAAGAAUUGAGUUUGUACCCACCAUCUACACAAGAAAAGAUACAAAUAUUUGCAUUGUAAUAAUAAUAAUAAUAAUAAUAAUAAUAAUAAUAAUAAUAAUAAUAAUAAAUUUUAUUCUUUAGACAAGAAACUGUAUAGAAAUCGUCCAGACUUAAAAACUAGGUCACAAAAAAUUCCGUCAGUGUAUAAAAAGAUUUAUCUAAUAAAUAUAGUUUUAAUUGUCUCUUAAAUGAG